AUGGCUAGCAACCUACCAGAUCUAGACUCAUUGAUAGAUGAAAAGAUUAAUCAUUUUGUCAAAUCAGUAAUUGAUCGCCUUCUUCUACGACUACAGAAUAAUGAUAGUAAGACUUUGCCACAAGGCACAAUUCAAAUACAUUUCUUAGAUAAAGAUAGAUCACAACAACUAAAGAAGAAAUCAGGAUGGUUUGGCAAACUGGAACCUUCCGAUAGUGGCAAAUCUUUGAAAAUAUGGGAAAAUUGGAUUAUUAACAUCAAAUGUUUGCCAAUUGAAGAAACAUCCACUAAUAAUAGCACACCUAGUGGCACAGGAGGCGGAGCAACUGCUCAAAGCGAUAAACAAGCCCAAGAUAAUGGACGCAAUUCUUCACCAUAUACGGGAAAUAUACAAACUUCAAUAGCAAGCUUUGAAGAGAACAUAAAUAGAGUGAUUGAUUUGGUUGACUCACAUAAAGAACAUAUCCCUCCUAUAACAUCCUUAGAAAGUUCCCCAUUUCCUUACGAAAUUGUAGUGAUACAACCACCCCAGAGGACAGAUUCAAGAGAUAUUUCACAUCAAACUCAUCCAAGCCCGUCAGGAUCCGGAAACAGUAAAGAUGAGAAUCCAAAUGAGGAGAGUUGGGGUACUUACAUCAAAAAGAUUCUUGAUUAA